UGUAGUCGACUCGCAUAAUAGUGUUUUAUUUUAUGUGACGUGAUCUGUGCAAAAUUUGUUUGAAAUCGCAUAAAUUCUAAUCAAAAUCUAGUCUGAUCAACUGCUCGCAGUUGUUUAAAUUAUGCGACUAACGAGUGCAAUUACUUUCGUGCAUUAAGCGGAGAACGACAGCUGAAAUUUUCCCUCAUAUUUUGCUAUUAUCUUACAGCAGAACAAGUGCAAAAAUACAAUAUGCCAAAUUUUCCACAGCGACUUCUUGUGCUACGAAGUUACAUACAGUCUGCUGCCACCGGACACCGUAACCUUCACCAGUCCUCGGUCCACCGACGUGCUUCUGGACCGCCAAAACUGUCACCGUACGACGUCAAUUGUGUACUGAGAGCAAAUGAGCACGCCCAGGAGCUCGUGGGCAGUUCGGUGAAGAGCUACGACACAAACCAGCUAGCAUCGAAUUCCCCGAUCGAGGAUUCCCGCAGUGAAGGCAGUUGCGUACAUACCUCGGGUUUGCUACUGGGCAUAUUCGAUGGCCAUGCCGGACCGGCUUGCUCGCAGGUCAUCAGCAAACGGCUGAUGCGUUACAUCGCGGCAUCACUUGUUCCUCCCGACGAUCUGAAACAGCACAUUGCUAACGGGGCUCAGAGUCAAUCCUAUAUAAACUGUCACAACGAUAAGUUGGAAUUUGUUAGUGAGAUUAGAGAUAUUUACGAAAACAGCUUCCAAGUGUUCGCUAACGAGCUUACCAACACCACUCUGGCCGGCUUCCAGAUGCAUCAGGUGUUGGAAAAUGCUUUCCUCCGAUUGGACCAGGAUCUUUCGAAGGAAGCCAUUGAAAAUCCCAGCCUGAGAACAAUGUCCGUGGCGAUGAGCGGGGCGGUCGCAGUCGUGGCUCACAUCGACGGUCCCCAUUUGCACAUAGCUUCCGUUGGAGAUUGUUCGGCCGUCCUGGGCACCGUUACCGAUACAGGUCAAUGGGUAGCAAAGAAGUUGUCAAACGAACAUAACACCGACAAUGUCGCUGAAGUUCGUCGACUGUUGAACGAACAUCCAGCUACAGAACGGGACACCGUCAUUCGUGGAGAACGCCUACUGGGUCAAUUGGCCCCCCUUCGUGCCAUGGGAGAUUUUAGAUAUAAGUGGACCCGCCAACAGCUCGAACAGUUGGUCGUGCCGCAGUUUGGCGAGCAAGUUAUCGCCCCAUUCUACCUCACACCGCCCUAUCUGACUGCUUGUCCGGAAAUCACCCACCACAUUUUGACACCUCGCGAUAAGUUUCUGAUUCUGGCAAGCGAUGGCCUUUGGGAUACGAUGAGCCCGAUGCAAACCGUCCACCUGGUGGGUGAACACAUGUACGGUAAAGCCUUCCUGCAGCCACUGAAACUGCCGAAGCACGAUGUUACAUUCAGGGAAAUCAGUCAAAUGCUCAGCACUCGCAAAGCCGGCCUCCAGAAGAAACCGAUGGACCGGAAUGCCGCGACCCAUCUGAUCCGGAAUGCCCUGGGCGGUACCGAGUACGGUGUGGAACACUCGAAGCUAUCGCACAUGCUUUCGCUUCCCCAGGACAUCGUUCGGCUGUUCCGCGAUGACAUUUCAAUCACGGUCGUGUACUUCGAUUCGGAAUAUUUGCGGAACUGUCCCACUUAGCAUUCGACGUCGUCGUCGGCGGGGGUUAGAAGACGUAGGGGUUAGCAAGCAUUUAUUGGAAAGAGGCAGCGUACUUCAAACGAGAGACAUAUAUAGAGGGGGGGUCUAAUUCUAGGGUCUUCGGCGGCACGUCCAAACGGGGCGUGUCGGGCGCGCUUUUUAUUCUUUUCGCUUUUUGCGUACAACUUUGAACGAAAUACAAGCUUCGUUUGUUGCCGAAUAUUAUCGUAGUUAUCAUAUAGUGAGUGUACAUAAAGCAGCGUUUGCCUUUUUUUGAAUCUUUUCUAUGUCUAGAUAAUGUUUUUUUGCUCAAUCUGUUACCUCUAUUUUUCCGAUUGUUUGAACAGGAUGAUAAUAAAAAACAAUGUGACUUGGAAACUAUGAA